AUGGCUCCCAGUAAAUACGAAACCCAUAGUUCGAGUAAUUGCUAUGGCGAGCUCGUCGGUCGACAGGCCAGCGUUCUCGCCAGUGCAUACAUCGUUGACUCUUCUGCGAGCCUUACCGGCUUCCACUACUCCACUACGGGCGCCGGCGGUACAAUACAGGGGCAAAGUGGUAUCCCUGAGGUCGGCUCCUCAGGACUACCAUCCCCUCCGUCGAGUCCCCCUCUUGCGGCCUUGACUUCUGCCAACGAACUCGCGCUCAUUUCAAAGAACUCCAACCGAAAGCGCAACAACGAUGGCAAGAGUCGAAGACGUAAAGAGGGGGCAGCGUACUACAUCCGGGAAGAGUGUGAGAGGCUCUUCUGUGACACCAUGAACGGCGUUUUCCUCGGUGAAGGAGGAAAGGCAUCAAGUAAUGGGUCUAUCGGUAUGGGUGCGAACGCGUAUUCACCUCCUGACGAAAGUGUGGAUACGUAUAACAAUUACUUUGCGAGACGAAAUACUCCCCAGGCAAUCGAUGCUUGGAUUGAGAUUUGGGACUACGCUGGAGGCUGUAGCUUCCGCGGUUUUGUGGCCGGCGAGGGUGACAAGAAAUCCUUGUUCGCCUUCUUCGAUUCUGCGGUCGUUGGGAGGGACCUGAAACAAGGCCUCAUGGCAUUGAUCGAACUUGCCGAGACUGUCUUCGCUGUCUCCCAGGUCGUCAUCUGUCUCGAUCGGUUCGUACCCGAAAGCGACCGGAAGGCCUUCCUCAAGAGUCUUCGAUGGGUCGGAUUCGAGCUGAUUUCCUUGGACAUGUGGACGAAUGAACUCGACGUGACUUCUGACAAGUGGCUUUAUUUGGGCAUGGAAGUCUGA